AUGACCAGUAUCGGAUCAUCUGCAUUGAGGCAGGCGUCGCGCCUGACCUCCAAGAAUACAUCAUUAUCAGCCUCCCUGCGACGGGCGUCACGGACACCCAAGGUGGCGACAGUCCUGCCCCAGACAGCAGCAUCACGGCGAUGCUACGUCACUGAGACUAAGAGAGACAAUGCACAAGUAGCAGAGCCCAAGAUUGAGACUGCGAUACGCCUGGACAAGGCAGCUCUGCAGAACUCGGGUCUGGCCGUGGGGGCACAGCAGGAUGGGAACAUGCUCGUCAGUCCCAUGGCAGAGGUUCUGAAGGAAGCCACAUUGAUGGAUGAGGGUCAACGGCCGAUAUAUCUCGACAUGCAAGCCACCACACCCGUCGACCCUCGCGUGCUCGACGCGAUGCUCCCUUUCUACGUCAAUGUAUUCGGAAACCCGCACUCCCGAACACAUGCUUACGGCUGGGAGAGCGAGAAGGCGGUCGAGGAAGCGCGAGGGCACAUUGCGAGGCUCAUUGGUGCCGACCCGAAAGAGAUCAUCUUCACCAGCGGCGCCACGGAGAGUAAUAAUAUGAGUAUCAAGGGCGUGGCGAGAUUCUUUGGCCGGUCGGGCAAGAAGAGGCAUAUCAUCACCACCCAGACCGAGCACAAGUGCGUCCUGGACAGCUGCAGGCAUCUGCAGGACGAGGGCUACGAAGUCACCUACCUUCCCGUGAUGGACAACGGGCUGGUCAAUAUGGACGAGCUCAAGGCCGCGAUCAGGCCCGAAACGGCGCUUGUCAGUAUCAUGACUGUCAACAACGAGAUCGGAGUCAUCCAGCCGAUCGAGGAGAUUGGCAAGCUCUGCCGGCAGAACAAGGUGUUCUUCCACACAGAUGCCGCGCAGGCCGUCGGCAAGAUCCCGUUGGAUGUCAACGCCAUGAACAUUGACUUGAUGUCAAUCUCAUCACACAAAAUCUAUGGUCCCAAGGGCAUUGGAGCCUGUUACGUCCGGAGACGGCCUCGUGUGAGGAUUGACCCUAUCAUCAGCGGAGGCGGUCAAGAGAGAGGGUUGAGGAGCGGUACCCUCGCGCCACCGCUGGUUGCCGGCUUUGGAGAGGCGUGCCGCAUCGCCUACGAAGAGAUGCCGUAUGACACGAAGCGCAUCAAGUAUCUCUCGGACAAGCUGCUGAAGGGCCUCCUCGCCCUGGAGCACACCAGCCAGAACGGCGACCCGAACCAUUUCUAUCCCGGCUGUGUCAAUGUGUCCUUCGCUUACGUGGAGGGUGAAUCCCUUCUUAUGGCUCUAAAGGACAUCGCCCUUUCAUCCGGCAGUGCCUGCACAUCAGCGUCGCUGGAGCCCAGCUACGUCUUGAGGGCUCUGGGCAACAGUGACGAGAGCGCGCACUCCAGCAUCCGGUUCGGUAUUGGGCGCUUUACCACGGACCUCGAGAUCGACUACGUUCUCAAGGCAGUGCAGGAGCGGGUGACGUUCCUUCGCGAGCUCAGUCCUCUCUGGGAGUUGGUCCAGGAGGGUGUCGACUUGAACACCAUUCAAUGGAGCCAGCAUUAG